AUGCCGACAUCGCUUACCGCAAAGGAAGGCCAGCUUGCCUACAUAUACCUCUGCUCCCCUCGGUCGACUCUCAUGUUCAAACUCUUCGACCUCAGCACCUUCACACGCCAGACGCGCAACCUACCCCCGCACACUUACCGUGCAUUUACAAACUCGUUUGCAACUACAAUGCGCGUCCCCUACGCCCCGAAAGAAGCACCUACCGAGGAGGCCCGUGCGGUGUAUGAGCGCAUCGCUGCACGCCGCAACCCACGUCCCCUGAUCCCUUUGGACCUCGCGUUACUGCACAACCCCAGCGUUGCCGAUGGCUGGUCGUCAUUUAUCGGGGCCAUUCGCACAAAGACAUCUGUGCCUGACACAUGGAAAGAGCUCGCCAUCUCGCGCGUUGCCGCUUUGAAUGGCGCCGUGCACGAGUGGGACGUCCAUGCCGCGCUCGCUGUCAAGGCCGGGGUCAGCCGAGAUGCCAUGAGCGUUGUGCUCGAGACGACCUUCAUCGGCCGCGGAAAGGAGCGGCAGCAGAACGCAGGUGCUCUGGACAAGUUGAGCACGGAGGAGAGGGGCGUGUUGGAGUACACAGAUCAGAUGACGAUCGGAGUGCACGUCGAGGACGGGGUCGCUGAGGCUCUCAAGCAAUUCUUGGAUGACAAGCAGAUUGUGGAGCUCACGGCGACGGUGGCGGCGUACAAUUGCGUGAGUAGAUUUCUGGUCGCGCUGGAUGUGGGAGAGUGCAACGGGAGAGGGAUGAAGAAGGUUGAGGAUUUGUAA